ACAAACCAACCAUUCAACACAGCCAGUACAAACCAACCAUUCAACACAGCCAGUACAAACCAACCAUCCAACACAGCCACUUCAUCCAGUGCAACGACACCCUCCUGUACAACACGUCGAUGUCUGGCCAGCAUGCUGAUUGCGAAAGAAGCUCUGAGUCAGCCACAGUCUCCAUCAUGCAUCUCAAAUAUCAGUGUGCCGUUAAUAGUGUAUGAAACUCUGUCUGUCGACACAAAAGAUCUCCGCUUCGAGAGUCAUCUGCAAGUUAUGUUGUCUUGGGAAGACCCUGAUUUAUCAUGGAACACAUCAGUCUAUCAUCAUGAUAUGGUGGUCCUGCCUGUCAGCAAAAUCUGGACUCCUGAACUCCAUGUGACUAAUGGAGUGCAAACAACGAUGAAGCACGGCAACAAGGAUUUGCUGGUGCACAGCAACGGGACUAUAGAGCACAUGGUCAUCAUGAACACUGUGGUGGGCUGUGAGGUCAAUCUGUACAACUACCCCUUCGCUUCAGAUUUCUGCCCCAUCGCCAUCAAUGUAUGGGCACUUAAAGGAUGUGGCAUGUUCCUGAACUUCAGGAAUGUGAGCAAAACUAGCGCAAACCGUGGGGACUGGCUAACCGAGGAGGUGGAACUCAACACUAAAGGAGGCAGAGAUGAUCGCAACUAUCUAUGGGUGUCGCUGAAAAUGCGGUCUGAAAACCCCUUUCUGUCCCUGGUCCUGCCCAGUAUACUGAUCAUUGUGGCAGAUGUGGUGAGCUUCUCCCUGCCACUGGGAGGGGGCGAGCGUAUCUCAUUCAAGGUUACACUGGUUCUCAGCUUCAUCAUGUUCCUCAUCAUCCUCAACGACCUACUGCCUGGAGGAGGCCAGUGCAGCCCCAUCAUCCGAAAGCACUUCUGUUUCUGUUUGGUCAUCCUGGUGUUGAGCACGUUGCAGUCUAUGGUGCUCACACGCCUGGCUAAGUGUGGCACUCUCUGGCCCUGCAGCCUCUCCAAGUCCAAAGACUCACUGCUUAAAGACACAGACAAUGAAGAGGCCUCAGAGGAAGAGAAGAAUACAGCCCUCCAGAAGGUGGUGAAGUUUCUCAACAAAAUGGCUGCACAAGACCAGAAAAAUGCUAUACACCAUCGCUUUGCCAACAAAGUGGACUUGAUCUGUUUCUGUAUCUAUCUCACUGUCCUCAUUGUUUACUCAGUCAUCAUUUUAUAUUUCUCCUUUGGUUCUCAAUGUGAGAUCAACCAAUUAGAAUUCUGGUCAUAA